GAGUCAGAGAGGGUAGGGCGGGGAAAACUUCACGACUCUCCCUUCUGCGCGCCCAGAGCCCCAAGGGUGCACUGUAGCAAUAAGGGGAGGCGUGUGACUCUCGGGGUGUCUGCGGUGGCAGGGUCCCUGCGAGGAGGGGGGCCGGGGAGGAGGCUCUUGCCUCGUGCAUCUCAGUCCAGGGUGCUGGGCUUUGGGGGGGCGCUGGCCCAGGUGCGCAGUGGUUAGUGAUGCGUCGUAGGCUCUCGGCGCUGCUGCUGCUGUUGCCGCUGCUGCUUCUGGGGGCGCCCCCGGGCUGCGCCGAGGAUCGGGCGACCUUCACGCGGGAGCAGGCCCUCGAGUGGCAAGAGAAAGGAAUUUUCAUUAUCCAAAGUGAGAGCCUCAAGACAUGUGUUCAAGCAGGUAAAUCUGUACUGACCUUGGAGAACUGCAAGCAACCAAACAAGUACAUGCUGUGGAAAUGGGUUUCAAACCACCACCUUUUUAACAUGGGGGCCAGCGGUUGCCUAGGCCUCAACUUAUCUAAUCCAGAGCAGCCACUAAGUAUAUAUGAAUGUGAUUCUACCCUCAUUUCCUUGAGAUGGCACUGUAACAGGAAGAUGCUCCUGGGCCCACUCCAGUACAAGGUCCAGGUGAAGCAUGACAACACAGUUGUGGCCUCCUCAAAACACGUCCACAAGUGGAUCUCCUAUACAUCAGAUGGCGGAGACAUUUGCGAAUAUCCUCACCAAGAUUUGCACACAAUCAAAGGGAAUGCCCACGGGAUGCCUUGUAUGUUUCCCUUCGAGUACAACCAUCAGUGGCACCAUGAAUGCAUCCGCGGAGGCCAGGAAGAGGACCUGCUGUGGUGUGCCACGACAAGCCGAUACGAACGAGAUGAAAAGUGGGGAUUCUGCCCAGAUCCCACCUCUGAAAAGAUCAGCUGUGAUGCUGUCUGGGAGAAGGACUUCAAUUCAAAUAUUUGCUACCAAUUCAACCUGCUUUCAUCUCUCUCAUGGAAUGAGGCACGUUCUUCAUGCCAGAUGCAAGGAGGUGCAUUAUUAAGUAUUGCAGAUGAAAAUGAAGAAAAUUUCAUAAGAAAGCACAUGAGCAGUGCAUUGGUAGAAGUGUGGAUGGGUCUGAACCAGCUGGAUGAAAGUGCCGGCUGGCAGUGGUCUGAUGGCACACCACUCAACUAUAUUAACUGGAGCCCAGAGUUAAGUGUUGAGCCGUUUGUUGAAUAUCAGUGUGGGACAUUUACUUCAUUUCUGCCAACUGCCUGGAGAAGUAGAGAAUGUGAGACCACCUUGCCUUAUGUGUGCAAAAAAUAUCUACACCACACUGAUCGUGAGAUUAUCAGAAAAGAUGUGUGGAAAUACCGCGCUACACGCUGUGAGCCUGGCUGGAAUCCCCACAACGGCAAAUGCUACAAACUUGAGAAAGAAGGGAAGCCCUGGAAGGAGGCUUUGCGUUCUUGCCAGUCUAAUGGCAGUGUGCUAACACACGUGGCCUCACUAGCAGAUGUGGAGUUCCUGGUGAACUUCCUUGAAGACGAAAAUGUAUCAGAAACAUGGAUUGGUUUGAGUAGCAAUAAAAUUCCAGUUUCCUUUGAAUGGUCUAAUGGCUCCUCAGUUGUCUUUACAACUUGGCAUGCUCUUGAACCCAAAAUUUUUCCAAACAGAAGCCAGCUAUGUGUGUCAGCAGAGAAAUCUGAAGGACACUGGAGAGUGAAGAAUUGUGAAGAGACGCUUUUUUACAUUUGUGAAAAAGAGGGUCAAGUCCUUUCUGACGCUGAAUCGGGAUGUCAACAGGGAUGGGAGAGACAUGGUACAUUUUGUUAUAAAAUUGACACAGUCCUUCGAAGCUUUGCCCAUGCUUCCAGUGGUUAUUACUGUCCUCCUGCUCUCGCCACCAUCACCAGCAGGUUUGAACAGGCUUUUAUUACCAGUUUGAUCAGCAGUGUGGUAAAAGCAAAGGAUACUUAUUUUUGGAUAGCUCUGCAAGACCAAAAUGAUACCGGGGAAUACACAUGGAAGACAGGGGGGCAGAGGUCUGAGCCGGUGCAGUACACACACUGGAACACCCAUCAGCCCCGCUUCGGUGGUGGCUGCGUUGCCAUGCGAGGAAGAAGUCCACUUGGCCGCUGGGAAGUGAAGGACUGCCAAAGCUUUAAGGCCAUGUCUGUGUGCAAGCAGCCAGUGGAACAGUGGGAGAAGACAGAGCAUGCAGAGAGGUGGCCAUUUCACCCCUGUUAUUUGGACUGGGAGUCAGAGCCCGGCCUGGCCAGUUGCUUCAAGGUAUUUCAUAGUGAAAAAGUCCUGAAGAAAAGAGCGUGGAGAGAAGCUGAAGCAUUUUGUGAAGAAUUUGGAGCUCAUCUUGCAAGCUUUGCUCACAUUGAGGAAGAAAAUUUUGUGAAUAAGCUUCUACAUUCAAAAUUUAAUUGGACAGAAGGAAGGCGGUUCUGGGUUGGAUUUAAUAAGAGGAACCCGCUGAAUGCUGGCUCUUGGGAGUGGUCUGAUGGAACUCCUGUUGUCUCUUCGUUUUUAGACAACACUUAUUUUGGAGAAGAUGCAAGAAACUGUGCUAUUUAUAAGGCAAACAAGACAUUGCUCCCUUCACACUGUGGGGCCAAACAUGAAUGGAUAUGCAAAAUUCCAAGAGAUGUGAGGCCCAAGAUUCCCCCUUGGUACCAGUAUGAUGCACCCUGGCUCUUUUAUCAGAAUGCGGAGUACCUCUUCCAUACCCAUGCCUCGGAAUGGCCCACCUUUGAGUUUGUCUGUGGCUGGCUGCGCAGUGAUUUUCUCACAGUUCAUUCUCCACAGGAGCAAGAAUUCAUUCACAGCAAAAUCAGAGUGCUAUCAAAGUAUGGUGUGAAAUGGUGGAUAGGACUUCAAGAAAGAAAUGCCGAUGGUGAAAUUCACUGGAGUGAUGGAUCACCAGUGAUAUAUCAGAACUGGGACAAAGAAAGAGAAAGAUCUAUGAAUAAUCAGAGCCAGAGAUGCAGUUUUAUUUCUUCCAUAACAGGACUGUGGGGAAGUGAAGAGUGCUCGGCGCCCAUGCCUGCCAUCUGUAAGCGAAGAAACAUCUGGGUUGUUGAAAAGGAAGCAGAUAUACCAAAACAGCACGGAACAUGCCCGAAAGGAUGGCUCUAUUUUAACUAUAAGUGCUUUCUGGUGAGGAUCCCCAAAGACCCAGGCAACAUGAAGAACUGGACAAGUGCCCGAGAUUUCUGCUCUGAAAGAGGGGGGACACUGGUCACCAUCGAAAGUGAAGUAGAGCAAGCUUUCAUUACUAUGAAUCUUUUUGGCCAUUCCAUUAAUGUGUGGAUAGGGUUACAAAGUGAUGAUUAUGAAAAAUGGCUAAGUGGAAAGCCUGUGGUGUAUUCUAACUGGUCUCCAUCUGAUAUAACAAUGAAUAUUCCAAGUUAUAACAUCACUAAAGUUCAACAACACAUUCCUCUCUGUGCUCUGCUGUCAAGUAAUCCUAAUUUUCAUUUUACUGGAAAAUGGUACUUUGACGACUGUGGAAAAGAAGGCUAUGGGUUUGUUUGUGAAAAAAUGCAGGAUACUUAUGGACACCAUGUGAAUUCAUCUGAAAUGUAUCCAGUCCCCAAUAUCUUAGAAUAUGGAAACAGAACAUACAAAAUAAUUCAUGCUAAUAUGACUUGGUAUGCGGCAGUAAAAACCUGUCUCCUACAUGGAGCAGAGCUGGUCAGCAUCACAGACCAAUAUCAGCAGUCUUUCCUCACUGUCAUCCUCAGCCAGCUGGGACAUGCCCACUGGAUUGGACUGGUCACCUCAGAUGAUGGACCUAAUUUUGACUGGUCAGAUGGCACCAAAUCCACUUUCACUUAUUGGAAAGAUGAGGAGUCACCCUUCCUUGGUGACUGUGUUUUUGCUGACACUGAUGGGCGCUGGCAUGGCACAGCCUGUGAAUCAUUUCUGCAAGGUGCCGUGUGUCGUGUUCCCACUGAAACCAAGCCAUUUGAGCGCCCAGUGCUGUGCUCUGAAACAUCUAUUCCCUGGAUAAAAUUUGAAAGCAAUUGCUACAGUUUUUCUACAGUUCUAGACAGUAGGACUUUUGAGGCUGCUCAUGAAUUUUGCAAAAAGGAAGGAUCUGAUCUGUUAACAAUCCAGGACGAGGCUGAGAAUGCAUUUCUCCUGGACGAGCUUUCUGCUUUUGGUUCUUCUGUCCAGAUGGUUUGGUUGAAUGCUCAGUUCGAUAGUAGCAAUGAAACCAUAAGGUGGUUUGAUGGAACACCCACUGAUCAGGCAAACUGGGGCCUUCGGAAGCCAGACCUGGACCACCUCAAGUCCCACCCAUGCGUGGUUCUGAGAAUCCCCAUAGGAGUGUGGCAGUUAUCCCCAUGUCAAGACAAAAAGGGAUUCAUAUGUAAAAUGGAGGCAGAUGUUCCCAUUGAAAAGGAGCACGAAGGGAAAGGACCAAGUCACAGCAUUGUUCCUCUCGCAGUGGCACUGACAUUGAUAAUAAUCCUGGCCAUCUUCAUACUUUCUUUCUGGAUAUAUAAGCAGAAUAAUGGCUUCUUCCAUAGACUCACAGGAUUUGAGAAUCCUUACUAUCCUACAACUAACUUCAGCACCGUACAUUUAGAAGAAAACAUUCUCAUUUCAGAUCUUGAGAAGAAUAAUAAUGAAAGUGAAGUCAGAAAAUGUGCAGCUAUGAAGAGAAUCACAGGAUACUGUAAAGGGAGUCUUGUCUGUACGUCCCAUCACCAAGAUGCCUUUAUAAUGUGAACUGUGCACAGCUUUAAUUAUUCCUAAGCGAUUUUGAAUUGUAGCCAAAUCGUGAGGUUUGAUUUAUUUAUUUCCCUAAACUGUGACCAAUUCUUAAAAGGGACCAUGUUAUUAUUCUGAAAGAUAGAACCUAUUAAAAGAAAUCUCCUAUUGAAAAUUCAAA